UGGUUUGCUCCAGCUCCAAGCCUGACGAUUGGUCUUUCGGGCUGUUUGUCAGAACGGAGUCGGAUCCUGAUUGGUUGGAUUCCCUCGAGGUGCUCAGAGCCGCAGGUCAGCGGACCGCGCUCCCGCGGGCGACAUGGCGGUCCUGGGAGUGCAGCUGGUGGUGACCCUGCUCACCGCCACCCUCAUGCAUAGGCUGGCACCGCACUGCUCCUUCGCACGCUGGCUGCUCUGCAAUGGCAGUCUCUUCCGAUACAAGCACCCUUCUGAGGAAGAGCUUCGGGCCCUGGAGGGAAAGCCUAAGCCCAGAGGCAGGAAGGAGCGGUGGGCCAAUGGCUAUAGUGAAGAGAAGCCCUUGUCUGUGCCCCGAGACGCCCCUUUCCAGCUGGAGACCUGCCCCCUCACAGCGGUUGAUGCCCUUGUCCUGCGCUUCUUCCUGGAGUACCAGUGGUUCGUGGACUUCGCCGUGUACUCGGGUGGCGUGUAUGUCUUCACAGAGGCCUACUACUAUGCGCUGGGCCCGGCCAAGGAGACCAACAUCGCCGUGUUCUGGUGCUUGCUCACCGUCGCCUUCUCCAUCAAGAUGUUCCUGACAGUGACCCGGUUGUAUUUCAGCGCAGAGGAGGGGGGUGAGCGCUCUGUCUGCCUCACCUUUGCCUUCCUCUUCCUGCUCCUGGCCAUGCUGGUGCAGGUGGUGCGGGAGGAGACGCUCGAGCUGGGCCUGGAGCCAGGCCUCGCCAGUAUGACCCAGAACUUGGAGCCACUUCUGAAGACGCAGGGCUGGGACUGGGCGCUCCCUCUGGCCAAGCUGGCUAUCCGCAUGGGGCUGGCAUUCGUGGGAUCCAUGCUGGGGGCCUUCCUCACCUUUCCAGGCCUGCGGCUGGCCCAGACACACCUGGAUGCGCUGACCAUGUCGGAAGACCGGCCCAUGCUGCAGUUCCUUCUGCAGAUGAGCUUCCUGUCCCCUCUGAUCAUCCUGGGGCUCUGGACCAAGCCCAUUGCACGGGACUUCCUGCACCAGGCACCUGCUGGGGAGAUGACCUUCUCCCUGCUGUCGGACUCAGCCUUCGACUCACUGCGCCUCUGGGUGCUGGUGGCGUUGUGCCUGCUAAGGCUGGCCGUGACCCGGCCCCACCUGCAGGCCUACCUGUGCCUGGCCAAGGCCCGCGUGGAGCAGCUGCGGCGGGAGGCCGGCCGCAUAGAGGCCCGUGAGAUCCAGAGGCGGGUGGUGCGGGUCUACUGCUACGUGACAGUGGUGAGCCUGCAGUACCUGACGCCCCUCAUCCUCACUUUCAACUGCACGCUGCUGCUCAAGACGCUGGGCGGCUACUCCUGGGGCCUGGGCCCGGUUCCCAUGCUGUCCCCUCCCCCGUCCUCAGCCCACGAUCGCCUGGUGGGCCCCGAGGAGGAUGAGGCCCAGCAGACGGCGGCCCGGAUCGCAGGGGCCCUGGGCAGCCUGCUCACGCCCCUCUUCCUCCGCGGCGUCCUCACCUUCCUCAUCUGGUGGACCGCCGCCUGCCAACUGCUCUCCAGCCUCUUCGGCCUGUACUUCCACCGGUACCUGGCGGGCUCCUAGCCGCCCGCAGAAGACGCUGCUGGGGCCCCGAGGUCCGGGCCGAGCUCGCGGUUCCCGGCCGCCUCCUCCGUGUGUGCCUCAGUGUCCUCAGGUGCAAGGCGGGCCUGGGAGUCCCCGCAGCGCCUGCUGUGCGGGUCCACUUCACCGCAGUGCCUGAGCUGUGGCCCCCUUGGAUCCCAGGUUUCUGCCUCAAAACUGUUGCCCUGGGCCCAGUGGCAGAGGAUCCCAGGGCCGUUGUUCCCAGAUGGCACGCCCCCUCCCCCAUUUGAGGCAGAAGUGGGGGUUCAUUCUUCUGAAUAAAAGAGCAGACUGCUUUUACAAA